AUGACAACGAAGAGCAUUGUGAUAAUGAUUGUCAUGUUGCUGCAAUCCUUUUUAUAUUCAUAUGCGGGCGAUAAUUUGAGAGAUCAAAGCGAGGCCCUGUCUUUCGCGGAUUACGACAGCAAUUGCAUAUAUGACAGAACAAUAUGUAUCAAAGCGUUUCCUUUCUAUCAAGGAAACGAUUGUUUGUUUUUCAACAUUACGUUGUAUGUUUGUGGUCAAGUCGAAAUUUUGAAGACUAGAUUUGUCAACUUUGAUAAUACAGAAUCGGAAAUCUACGAACGCUGCAACGCGUUAAUACAGAGACACACAUAUUUGACAAGAAUGGCGAGGGAACUCGCUGAUACGAUUAGCUUUGUCUUACUAAUACAAUUAUUCAUUAUCACCAUACAAUUAUGUAUAACAGGGUUUCAGUUUAUCUUAGUCUUGAAAGUCAAUGACGCAGGGAAAAGCUUGAUGGUGCAGUUUACGUUCUUGUCGCAAUUAACGUUAUAUAGUUUCAUCGGUGAUUAUUUGAAAUCUCAAAUGGAAGAAGUAGGACUUUCUAUUUAUCAAAAUGCUUGUUAUAACUUCCCUACAAAACUGACGAAAAAUUUAAUCUUUGUCAUUAUGCGGACACAAUAUCCUGUCGCGUUGUAUGCUGCCAAUUUUGUAGUAAAUUUGUCAACCUACAUGAGCAUCCUAAAAGCCUCUAUUUCGUAUUUGUCUGUACUUCGCGUAAUGAUAGAAACAUGA